UCCCCACUUCGAUUACGACCUCUCUUCUAACCUCUGAUCGAUCCCCUUUGCUUGAGGUCUCCUAGGGUUUCUUAAACCCCCCACCCACCUCGCUCCCCUCAAUCCCCCCUCGUGCCCAUGAAGACUCGCCCUCGCUCCUGAUGCGAAUCCCCCGAGAAGAUCUGCUGAGAGAUUUCUCCUUGCUGAAGAUGGGGAAGCUACAGGUGUUCAGUCCCGUCACUCCCGGGCAGGUUUCAUUUUUGCUUGGUUUUUUCCCUGUAUUUAUUGCAUGGAUCUAUUCAGAAAUCCUGGAAUACCGCAAAUCUUCUUCUCCUAUCAAAGUUCACUCAGAUACAAGCCUGGGAAGUGAAACAAUCAAGGAGGAUGAUAGGGCAAUAUUGCUUGAAGGUGGCUUAGCAAAAUCAUCGUCUCCAAAGUUCCAGAAUACAUCUGUCAGAAAUAAUUUAAUAAGGUUUAUAUCAAUGGAUGAGUCUUUCUUGCUUGAGAAUCGCACUGUCUUAAAAGCCAUGUCAGAAAUCGGGGCGAUUCUCGUAUACUUUUAUGUUUGUGAUCGGACAAAUUUGUUCCCUGAGUCAACGAAGAAAUACAGCCGCGACCUGUUUCUUUUUAUCUACAUUCUUCUCAUCAUAGCUUCAGCCUUGACAUCACUCAAGAAGCACAAUGACAAGUCAGCAUUCUCUGGGAAAUCUAUACUCUAUCUUAAUCGUCAUCAGACUGAGGAGUGGAGAGGGUGGAUGCAGGUUUUAUUUUUAAUGUACCACUACUUCGCUGCCUCAGAGAUAUACAAUGCAAUACGUGUGUUCAUUGCUUCUUAUGUGUGGAUGACCGGAUUUGGGAAUUUCUCAUACUACUACAUAAAGAAAGAUUUUAGCCUUGCUCGAUUCGCUCAGAUGAUGUGGCGUCUAAAUUUCUUUGUCGCAUUUUGCUGCAUUGUCCUGGACAAUGACUACAUGCUUUACUACAUUUGUCCCAUGCACACGCUUUUCACUCUCAUGGUAUAUGGCGCACUUGGCAUAUUUAAUAAAUAUAAUGAGAUUCCAUCAGUAAUGGCUGUGAAAAUUGCAAGCUGCUUCUUGGUGGUAAUUGUAAUGUGGGAAAUACCCGGAGUUUUUGAUCUUAUAUGGAGGCCCUUCACAUUUCUAGUAGGAUAUAUGGAUCCGGAACCUUCCAAAGCAAAUUUACCUCUCCUGCAUGAAUGGCACUUUAGAUCUGGCCUCGAUCGCUACAUUUGGAUCAUCGGAAUGAUAUACGCAUACUAUCACCCAAAUGUUGAAAGAUGGAUGGAGAAGCUUGAAGAGUGUGAAACUAGAGUGAGACUUUCAAUCAAGACGAGCAUAGUUACUCUCUCCCUGGUGGUUGGUUUUUUGUGGUAUGAAUAUAUCUACAAGCUCGACAAACUUACAUACAAUAAGUUCCACCCAUAUACUUCAUGGAUCCCCAUCACCAUUUACAUUUGCCUCCGGAAUUUCACCCAACAGCUAAGGGGUUGCUCUUUGGCUCUCUUAGCGUGGCUUGGAAAGAUUACGCUGGAGACCUAUAUCUCUCAAUUCCACAUUUGGCUACGGUCAAGCGUGCCUAAUGGACAACCUAAGUGGCUUCUUUCAUUCAUUCCUGACUACCCGUUGCUCAAUUUCAUGCUUACUACUGUGAUAUACGUCUUUAUAUCCUACCGCAUAUUCGAUCUUACAAACCUGUUGAAGGUGACUUUUAUACCCAGUAGAGACAACAAGCGCCUCUUCCAAAACUUCAUAGCAGGAAUAGUCAUUUCAGUCGGAUUGUAUUGCUUCUCGCUGGUUCUCCUCCAUAUUCCAUUUAUAUCGGGAUGAAACCGGCAAUCGAAAUAACUUUUCCUGCCACCUCAAUUUCUGUAGUUCCCAAUACUGAAUCCGGUGAUGGAGAAAUGAGUAAAUCGAAGUUCAGGUGAAAGGUUUUUUUUUUCCCUUUUUUUUUUUUUUUCCUUGGCUUCGGUGCUCCCGUGGUAUAUAUAAUUCUUUUCUCUUUUUUUUGUGGUUGAUAUGUAAUUUUAGAAGGCCAGCUAUUAUUUUCCUUUAGAAUGUAUGUAUCUGCAUGGGAGUAGUGCCCAUUGCCCCCUCCCCACCUUUCCCAAGCACAUUUUAUGGAUACUUUAUUAUAUCUUUUAUAUAGGUUACGCAUAAAAGAAGAGUUACGUUUACCUAAAUUUUUUA